GGCCAGGGCGCUGCCAGACCCGACCCUGUGGCUCUGUGUCUGCACUGACUGGCCUACUGAAAAAGCACCUUGGUUCUGAUGUCCCAGGACCAUGCAAUGGCAGGGCUGUCUGGAACUUUAGGGAUCAUCUAUGCUAUCUUUAUCCCUGAACAAAUAAGAAAUCAAGGCCAGAAGUGGCAAGUGACUUGCCCGAGGACACACAGCAGGUAAGUACCAGGGCCAGGCCUCAGACCUGGAUUUUUUGACUCUGAGUGCUCUUUUUAUGUGAUCAGGCUGGCCAGGACGGUCUCCCCUGCCUACCAUCACCUGCCCCCUCUAGGCUUUUGAGCUAUCACUCCAGCAACCUGAGAGAAGUAGAGGGGCUGGGCCCACUCCUGGGCACCUUGUCUGGGGGUGCCAGUGCCUGGCUCCUGACUCCAGAAGUGGCUCCAAGGGGCUGGGUGGGAAGCAGGAGGCCAUUAGGACCCAGAAGCUCUCAGAGCAUCCUGCUCUGCCUCUCACCGAUCACUGCAGUGGUUCAGGCUUCAGCAGCCUUGGAGAAGCAUCAGCUGAGAGGAGCUAUCACAUGGGAGCCGGGAGCUGCUCAGCAAAGCCACAGUGGCGGGCACCAGCAAGUGCAGCACGGCAUGGUGGGCUGGAGUGCUGGCCCUGGAGCCAGGCCACCUGGCUGAGGACCUGGACCUUGCUACUAACUAACUGUGAAUUUUGAUGGCUUUAUGAGGAAACUGCAGUUCAGAAGCGUCACAGAGUUAAUAACUCCCAGACCUGGGACUGGAAACCAAACCUUAUGCUCCUUCUCCCCAACAGCUCCUGCCAUUCUGAGGAGACCAGAUAUUAGGAAAUUCACAUAAGCAAUCUUAAAACUGGGGCACUAUCCUGAAGCUCAGCUGGACCCUGGGAAAAGGAGACCAUGGAUUUAGAAUCUCUGGAUAACAGUCCUUGAAAGGGGAGAAGGGUGUGGAGAACAGAGGAAAGGAAGUGGAAAAGAAGGGGCUGGGCACCACUCAGAAGGUGGAGUGUUGAGUGGGCGAGGCUCCUGCAUCUCUCACUUUCCUGCUUCUUUGAAGUCACCAGGGUGGACUGGGAGCUAACUCCUGAGCCCUCAGUCACUGGCCUUGAAGGCUGGCAAUAAGAGCCUGCCCAAGAGGCUCCAGCAGGAGGCGCUCUCCCCUCCCUCCUCAACACACACACAAAAUUGGGAAGCCUGGGCCUGGGCUUGCCAUCCCAGGGUCACUGGACUAGGAUGGGGGAUGGGCCUGUGAUUGGAGGUGCCCUGGGUGUCCUCUUUCGGCCCCAUGGAGUCCUCACCCAUCCCCCAGUCAUCAGGGAACUCUUCCACUCUAGGGAGGGUCCCUCAAACCCCAGGUCCUUCUACUGCCAGUGGAGUCCCAGAGGUGGGGCUGCGGGACGUGGCUUCAGAAUCCGUGGCCCUCUUCUUCAUGCUCCUGCUGGACUUGACCGCUGUGGCUGGCAAUGCUGCUGUGAUGGCUGUUAUCGCCAAGACACCCGCUCUUCGAAAAUUUGUCUUUGUCUUCCACCUCUGCCUGGUGGACCUGCUGGCCGCCCUGACCCUCAUGCCCCUGGCUAUGCUCUCCAGCUCUGCCCUCUUUGACCAUGACCUCUUUGGGGAGGUCGCCUGCCGCCUCUACUUGUUCCUGAGCGUAUGUUUUGUCAGCCUGGCCAUUCUCUCGGUGUCGGCCAUCAACGUGGAGCGCUACUAUUAUGUGGUCCACCCCAUGCGCUAUGAGGUGCGCAUGACACUAGGGCUGGUGGCCUCUGUUCUGGUGGGUGUAUGGGUAAAGGCCUUGGCCAUGGCUUCUGUGCCAGUGUUAGGAAGGGUCUCCCGGGAGGAAGGAGCUCCCAGAGUACCCCUAGGCUGCUCACUCCAAUGGAGCCACAGUGCCUACUGCCAGCUUUUUGUGGUGGUCUUUGCUGUCCUUUACUUCUUGUUGCCCCUGCUCCUCAUCCUUGUGGUCUACUGUAGCAUGUUCCGAGUAGCCCGUGUGGCUGCCAUGCAGCACGGACCACUGCCCACGUGGAUGGAGACACCCCGGCAACGCUCUGAGUCUCUCAGCAGCCGCUCCACUAUGGUCACCAGCUCAGGGGCCCCCCAGACCACCCCGCACCGGACGUUUGGGGGAGGGAAGGCAGCGGUGGUCCUCCUGGCCGUGGGAGGACAGUUCCUGCUCUGUUGGUUGCCCUACUUUUCCUUUCACCUCUAUGUUGCCCUAAGUGCUCAGCCCAUGUCGACUGGGCAGGUGGAGAAUGUGGUGACCUGGAUUGGCUACUUCUGCUUCACUUCCAACCCUUUCUUCUAUGGAUGUCUCAAUCGGCAGAUUCGGGGGGAGCUCAGCAAGCAGUUUGUCUGCUUUUUCAAGCAGGCUCCAGAGGAGGAGCUGAGGCUGCCGAGCCGGGAGGGCUCCAUUGAGGAGAACUUCCUGCAGUUUCUUCAGGCGACUGGCUGUCCCACGGAGUCCUGGGUUUCCCGACCCGUACCCAGCCCCAAGCAGGAGCCACCUGCUAUUGACUUUCGAAUUCCAGGCCAGAUAGCCGAGGAGACCUCUGAGUUUCUGGAGCAACAGCUCACCAGCGACAUCAUCAUGUCGGACAGCUACCUCCGUCCUGCCCCCUCACCGCGACUGGAGUCAUGAUGGGCUGAUGGACACUUGGAGGGAGAUGAGGCUGGGGGCUGGUUAUGACUGCAAGGAACUCCUUGUGGGACCACCUUUUCCCAGCUAGCUGGGGCUGGAGUCUCUGCACACAGCUUUUGCUUAGUGUUUUCUGGGUCAGGAGCAGAGCCAGCAGGAUGUAUGUGUGGCAAAAGCCUUGGACACAGCUUUGAACCUUGACUACUGGGGAGGGAACCUGGUGAGAUGGUGACGAGAAUAAAAGGUCGUGAAGAACUGCCCUCCCUGAUCUCUCUCCUCAUGGCAGUGACCCAUCGCCAGUCCCCUGGACAAUCGGGUACAAGAGACUAAGGUUGGGAACUGGAAAGGUGGGGUUUCCAUGGUCCAUUAAAUGCCUCCCCUACUCCCAUUCAUCGCUCUCAAAAUUAGCUUCAGUGACAAAGACUUAAAUCUCUCUCCUAUCUGUAGCCCGGGGUUGGAGAGGCAGAGGAGUUGGGCUCAACUGUUCACUGAUUGAUACUGUAGGCACUGUGUUGGUUGUUACUGGUGGGGGUAUAUUCAAGGGAGAGGGAAUAACUGCAAACUGGACAGGAUUCCCAUCUGGGACUACCUGUCCAUCCACUUCCCUCAAUUCAAUCAGGUAACAUUAAAGGGGUCGAGGCAGGACCAGACGGUGGUGUGAUCUGUAUUUGAAAAAAUUCCGGGCUCACUGAGCAUCAAAGGGGAUGAUGGGCCGGUGGGAGUGGGAUAGUCUCCCCUUUGAACAGCCAAUAAAUAAUUUUUAUUAUAAAAAGUUAUGCUGAUAUCAACAUUGACUCCUUUAGUUCAAUUCAGUGCAUAAUAGUUGAAUACUCUAUUCUGUGAGACUCACAGAGGAUGUGGAGUCACUGCCUUCCAGGAGUUCAUAGUCUAAUUUGAUCAGGUACCUUGUAUUUUGACAGAGCAUUUACAUCUGGUGAAGUACUAUAGGAUGUGUUUAAGAAAUAUAUUGAAGAAUAUGUUCAUGGCUCUAACUUCUUAGAGUUCAGCCCAUUGCAGCAAGAUGCCUAUAUGGAGGCUUCCUGCAGAAUGGAAGGUGUGCGGGUUGUAGAUGAAACUCUGGUUGAAGAAAAUAAUUUACUAAAUGAAACUGGGCAGCUUUCCUCCUUUAGAUCUAGGAAAAUCUCCAGGUUUCUUUCUUCCUACGACUGGACUUCCUCUAGUCCAGUGCCUAUUACACUGAGGAAAUCCUUUAAAUAGCAUAUACAUUGAGCAGAGUCUUUUGUGAUUGAAAAACAUGUUCUCUCCCUUUCUCUCCUCCCUUUAAGAUACACUUACAAGGGAGGAAUCUCAUUUCUAGACAGAGGGAAAACUUUCAAUCACUGAUGAGCAAGCAUUGCCAGCAGGUGGCAGUGUGAGUCCAGUGGAAAUAGGAAAGAGGUAUGUGAGGGGGGAGGGGCAUUAAAAAUUGCCUAGCAGCCAUUUUGUUAAUUUAUUUUGUCUUUUCCUUUGACUUUGCCCUCCAACCCUUCCUUCACAUACAUCAAAGAAGAAAAUUUUAAGUGCAAGGAUAUCGCUAAUUCAGGCUGAAAUUUCCUGACACUGUGAUCUCACUGGCGUUUAUUACAGAAUUUGACACAUGCUGAUUCAUUUACCAUUUAUUUUACCCUAAGUUGAUCAUGAAGGAAAUAAAAUUUUCUCUUUUAUUAUGCUGA